GCUCGGCGGCUCUGGACCUUUGCUUUGGAAACUGGAAGCCGUUGAAUCGAAUUCCCUUUCUACCCUCCCUUCUCCAUCUUCUUCCAUCCAUUUCCCCCUUUCGACUCGACAGUGACACUCUCUUCGUAUUCCACUAACAGGGAAAGUAUAGGACUUUGUAGAGAGACAGAAAGAGUGUAGGGUUUUAGCAAGUCUCCUUCGAUGGAGGGUGGCAUUGGCAUAGUUGUUGAUACAGAAAACUGCAAUAUUGCAGAUUUGUGAUAUGUGGUUCUAAUCGAGGCUUGAGGGUUAGAUUUAUGAAAUGAGCGAGAUCAGAGGUUGGGUUGGAAGUUAAGGACCUAUUAUAUAUGCGUUUGGCUGCAAAGAAAAUUUUGGGACUUGAAAGAUAACAAUAUAAAUGGAGAGGAAAUAGCAAAGGGACCUAUAAUUGGAAACAUGCCAAGGAAAAAGCUCGCUGACAUUAGUAACUUGCCAAUGCAAAACCAAGAUAUGAGACUUCAGUCUGCUUCACUUAAUACUAAAGAGUACAUUCACAAGCUCCAUCAGGAAAACCUGUCACUGGUGAAGCUUGUUGCAGAUAGAAAUAAAAUAAUUCAAUUGCAUGCAUUCGAGUUCCAGAAAUUAAGAACUGAAUGUCAACAAGUUCAACAAAGGAAUCUGCAGCUUGCCCAAACUAACAGUCAGAUGCUGGCGGAACUAAAUGCAUGUAAAGAUAGGCUUAAGGUGCUUCAACAUGAGCUAGGAUGCAAAAAUGGCUUGCUUAAAGCUUGGAAAUUGGAGUCUGAGGAUGAAGCAAACACAGUGAAAUGCCAAAUUUAUGGAAGUGAGGUUGAAACUGUCAAACAUGAAGAAGAUGGGGAGUUAUCUCAAGCUGACAACAGAGGAGAUGAGCCUUGUAAUAAAAAGAGGAAGAAGAAAUCUAAAUCAACGGAUCCUACACAUGUCCAAGCUAAAGAGAAGAUUGUUAAGAAGAGAAGGAAAUCUGCUAAUUGGAAACAAGAUCCAACUGAUGAUGUGUUUGAGAGCCAUGCUUUGGGUCCUGCUACAGUUAAACCAGUCCUAGCUGAAAAUAAUAUUGACAACAAGAGGCACUGUCUGAGAAGGCAAUCUCCUAGGUUUAAAGCUGGGGAACAAGAAUCAAAAAGUGAUAUUCUUGGUACAAGUGAUUCUGUUGAUCCGACUAUUGAAUCAGUCCAAAAUGAAAAGAAGGUUGAUAGCAAGAGGUGUUGCUCAAGAAGGCAAUCUGCUAGGUUGAAAGCUGGGGAACAAGAACCGAAAAAUGAUGCUUUUGAGAUAAGUGAUGUUUUGGGCCCUACUAUAGUUGAACCAGUCCAAAUUGAAAAGAAGGUUGAUAGCAAGAGUUGUUGCUCAAGAAGGCAAUCUGCUAGGUUUAAAGCUGGGGAACAAGAACCAAAAAAUGAUUUGGUUGAGACAAGUGACCCUCCAGGCCCUUCUACAGUUGAACCAUUACAAACUGAAAGGGAAGUCGAUAGCAAGAGGCUUUGUUUAAGAAGGCAAUCUGCUAGGCUUAAAUGCAGAGAACAAAUACAAGAACCAGCCAUAGACUUGGUUCUGAAAGAUGAUGCUAAAUUUUCUGUUUCACCUCUACACGAAUGUGGUCCAACAGCAUCACUCUCAUCACUAAAAGUUGAAUCUGAAGCAGUUCCAACCGCCCCUGGAUCUGAAGCUCAAGAAUUAGGAAGGCCAUCUAUUCGACCCAAGCGACAAGCAGCUGAGAAGAUUCAAACAUACAAGGAAAUCCCACUUAACAUUAAGAUGCGCAGAACUGAGUGAUUAGAAAUUCAUUCUCAAACUAACCAUUCGUCUUGUUGGGGAGCAUAACAUAGCAUAGCCUGAAAGUGAAGAAGCAAGCGAAAUUUCUACAUCCUGCCAUUUUUUUGCUUCCUUGAUGUUGUUUAAAAGAUUCUUUUAUGUAUAAAUGCUGCUAUUAAUCAUUGUAAAUUUAGAACUCAUAAAUUUUACCAUAAUUAGUGGUUGAUGAUUACGAAGUACACAAAUUCAAUCAAGAUGUACCAUUGAAUUUCCAGUGCCAAACUUCCAAUUUGGUGUAAUUUAAUGUUCUCUUUCUCCCUCUAUCAA